AUUAGUAUGUUCAGAAAAUAACAUUAUUCCAAAAAUCAAUGUCUCAGCAUUCAUACAUUUUUGUGAAAUCACAUUUUUUAUGACAAAUGGCAAUGACGGCAGUGACACUCGUUCGUCUUCCACGUCUAAUGCGUUCAACUGACCUACUGACCGUUGUUCCAGAACGUCAGCACCAAUAAAUUCUAUUGCAAAACAUUUCGCCAACACCAACAAUGCCAACUGUCGCAACUGACAUCAUAAAUUCCAUCUCAUCAUCGCUCGUCAGGCCACCGCCGCGCCGGUUUGUUGGUUUAUAUGACAUAAAUGGUAUAGUCUUCCCUCCCGAGUCCCGAAGCAGCAGCUCAGCCCAUCAAUAAUAGAUAAACCGAGGCGAAUUAAUUUUGAAUCAAGAACAAACAAAAAACAAUGUUAGCUCAUAAGUGUUUAAUGGCCUCCCAGCUCCGGUUCCAGCUGGUCGGAGUGCUAUAAAACCAUAUAUCCCACUGUACGGCGCACACCAGUUUCUGUCAGUCUGCCCAUUGGGGGCCUCGAAGGAAUUGCGAACCGUAAAGAACACAGUGGCAAAUUAAUUGCACAAUAAGCCUCCCUUGGUGGCGUGGCUCUAUCCAGAAGAAAUAUACAAAUUGUGUGGUAGCAAUUGGAAUUAGUGCUAUAACAAUAAGCAAAAACUACUGGUUGGUGUGCAAUAGAAAAGUGGCUGGGGGUCUAUCCCAACGCAAGUCUGCUCGAUCAUCGGCAAAUAAAUUACACUUACGAACUCAGUUCAGUUCCGGCGAGCAUGCAAUAGUCGUCACCAUAAACGUUAACCUAAUUUCUCCACGCCACACACGUGACUGAUCAGUCAGUCUAUCGCUUCGGUGGUGCCAAAAUGAUUCACAGCCAGAUGGAAGAUUCGCACUAUCAGAUACGGCAGCAGAUUUUUAAUCCCAAUCAGCGGCAACAACUGGAAGAUAAUCGCCGCAUGAAAGAACAGAUGCAGCAGUUGGAAAAAGAUGAUGUAUCGCCGAGUCACAUGUACAUCCGCAAGUUGGAAUUCCAAGCCGAUGUGAACCUCCUGGACCAGCACGAUUCAUUCUACCACACCACCAAAAGCCUCCUGGUCCUGUUUCAGAUAAUGGGCGUCAUGCCAAUCGUCAGGAGCCCAAAAGGUGUUAACAUGCCCCGAACUACAUUCACCUGGUGCUCUAAAGCCUUCGUUUGGGCGUACUUCAUCUACGCUUGCGAGACUGUCCUGGUGGUGCUGGUGGCCAAGGAGCGCAUCAAACGAUUCACUUCACCCAGCGAUAAACGCUUCGACGAAGUCAUCUACAAUAUCAUCUUCAUGAGUCUGUUGGUUCCACAUUUCGUUGUACCGAUGGCGUCGUGGCGCAAUGGAUCCGAAGUGGCCAAGUUCAAGAACAUGUGGACCGACUUCCAGUACAAGUAUCUGAUGGUAACCGGAAAGCCGAUUGUCUUUCCGAAGCUCUAUCCGAUCACAUGGACAUUGUGUGUGGUGUCCUGGAUUGUUAGUUUUGUGAUUAUCUCGUCCCAGUUUUAUCUACAGCCGGACUUUCAGCUGUCGCACACCUUUGCGUACUAUCACAUCUUGGCAAUGCUGAAUGGGUUUUGUAGUUUGUGGUUUGUGAACUGCACCGCCUUUGGGACAACAAGCAGAGAAUUUUCAAAAGAGCUUUCGAAUAUCUUGUCUAUGGAUCAACCUGCGGACAAGCUAACAGAAUUUCGUCAUCUAUGGGUGGAUCUUAGCCAUAUGAUGCAGCAAUUGGGAAAAGCGUACUCGAACAUGUACGGCAUCUAUUGUUUGGUGAUUUUCUUCACCACAAUUAUCGCCACCUAUGGAGCGCUGAGCGAAAUCAUCGAGCACGGGGCGACCUAUAAGGAGGUCGGUUUAUUCGUCAUUGUGUUCUACUGCAUGGGUCUGCUGUUCGUCAUCUGCAACGAGGCCCAUCACGCCUCCAGAAGGGUUGGACUGAAUUUCCAAGAACGGCUGCUCAACGUCAACCUCACGGCGGUGGACAAGGCAACGCAGAAGGAGGUGGAAAUGUUCCUGGUGGCCAUCGAUAAAAAUCCCCCGACGAUGAAUCUGGACGGAUACGCAAACAUCAAUCGUGGGCUGAUUACAUCGAACAUCUCAUUCAUGGCAACCUACCUGGUGGUGUUGAUGCAGUUCAAGCUGACCCUGUUGCGACAGAGCGCUAGAAAGGCGCUCAUUCCAGCAUUGCGAGCUAAUUUCACCCUGGCAAAAGAAAACUAAUUAACAUCUACCUGUAUUAAUUCUAAAGGAUCAAUUUCUUUCCUCUUUGAAAUAAACCAUUCGCAAGUUGCUUUCCUUCAGGUGUUUGAUUUUUUCAUUGGAAUUUUAUUUUCUCCUUCCAACCACUUUUUUUUUUCGUUACAACAUACCGCCUCCUCUUACACAAUUCUCACACGCCGUAGCUUAGCAUAUUAGAACUUGUUGAACUUCUUCUUGGCUCCGGCGAGCUUGCUCACCUUUAGCACAUUGAAGCGCACGGUCUUGGACAGGGGUCGGCACUCGCCAACGGUCACGAUAUCUCCGGCCUCAACGUCUCU